AUGUCCGUGACUACUCAGAUAAAGCCUAUUAGAACGGCGGGAAUUCUCAUCAUCGGUGAUGAAAUUUUGAAUGGGAAAAUACAAGACACGAAUUCAUACAACUUUGCUCGCUUUUGCUUUAAUGAGCUAUCAGUUCCUCUUAAAAGAAUCCUUGUUUGUGGUGAUGAUUCUAGCGAUAUAAAGGACGCUUUGGAUAUGCUAUUAAAGGAAGAUAAAGUCGAUCUUUUAAUUACUUCGGGUGGUUUAGGAAGCACGCACGAUGAUAUUACGUAUGAGGUGCUAGCCGACUAUUUUGAUUUGGAUUACAAACUAAACCAACAGGUGGUGGACAAAAUGCAACUUUUAAGAAAAGACUAUUUGUCCAAAUUAAGUAGCGACCAGUUGAAUGCAUAUUAUAGAAUGGCAACGUUACCUGUCGCUCAGGACAAUAGCAAGAUUUCAACUAAUGUAUUAUUCCUUGAUGAAGAGCUAUGGUUCCCAUUACUAGAAAUUGAUCAGAAAGUCUAUGUCUUACCAGGAAUUCCUCAAAUUUUCACUCAAUUGUUGAAGUACAUGGCAGGGUUUUUGAAAAAAAGAAUAGUGCCUGCAGACUUUUGUCGAAGAUACGUUCUAACAAAAUCAGGAGAGUCACAGCUUGCUCCAUAUCUCACCAAUCUACAAGAAAAAUGCUCGAAAGAAUUUGGAGAAGGUACAGUUAAGCUAGGAAGCUACCCACACAUGGCAAUGCGCGUAAACACAAUCAGUAUUAUUGGCAAGGAUGUAAAAGAUAAACUGAAAUUAGAUGCUAUUGUCAAGGACAUAAUAGAUAACAUAGGAGGUGAUGCAAGAGAAAUAUCACAAGAGGAAGAAAACACUUUAAAAUAG